AUGGGCAGCCCAGGGGCUGCGGGUCCCGGGGUGGCGGCGGAGAGGGGAGACCCACGACGGAGGCGCUCGUCCUGCAGCGGUCGUCUCGAGGGAUGGGCUGUGCCUGGAGCGGCUCCCGCUGGGUGGGCUCUGGCGCUGCCGCCUAGGGGCGUCGGGCAGAGGGCGCUGUGCUUAAGGGCGGCUGGAGACGCCUCCCAGCGCUCCGACCAGGUACCUGCCGGGGGCGGGCGGCGCAAGGGGCGCGCGGCGCACGAGGCGGGCGCCGAGCGCGUGAGUCACUCGGCUCACCCGGGUUCGGAGCGGGACUUCGCCUCCCGCCUGGGGUCUGCUUUCAUCUCCAGCUUCAGCGACUUACCUCUGAAUCCCGGCCCCCUACUGAGGCUGGACCAGCCGCCUUUCCGUCUAGGUGACGGUCAGACUCCAGCCCAUCUUAUAACCACCGAGCUACAGUUCCCCGUGAGCUAUGUGGACCGUCUUCUGAGGGAGUAUCAGUGUGUCCAUACUCCGAGUUCAUCCACAACAGAUGUCCUCCUUGCCAUGCUCGACUACCUUACUGAGUACAUCCUGGAUCUGGUAGGCCCUGAGGCCAAUGGCGGUAUGCAGAUCACUCCGCAAGACUUGGAGAGAGCAGAGCCCCAUCGCCACUUGAAGGAUACGGCCUUUGCUUUAUUUGAUAAGAUGCCCGGAUCCAGAAGGAAUGGCUGA